UAAAUAAAAGUCAUUAUCCCAAUCCCAAUUGCUUGCUACAAACUUUGUUGGUUUUAGAUGAAUUUGUUGAAUUUUAAGUGGAAUAAAAAUAACACGACACAUACAAUUAAGAAUGUUUUAGUGUUAAGGUAACUGGAAUAAUAUUGUCAACGUUUUACUGCAAGUAACAUGACUGUUAUACAAGCUAUGAAGAAAAUCAACAAAAGAAUACCGGGUCUUCUUCCACCACCUCCAAAAACUGAAGUAGAUGGUAAAAUCACUGACUUAUCAUCAAAGACCAUAUCAGAACUGCUAGAACUAAAAGAGAGGCAACUAAAAUUAAUUAACAACAAGGCUUUUAUAUGUAAAUUGGCUGACCGAGGCGAAAAAUUAAAGUUGUUUUAUGAGAAAAUUUUAAAUAAUCUGAAAGAGAAAGAAGAAGAAGAACGAACGUGUCACUUAUUUAACAAGUUAAAUCUUGGUGUUGACAAGCAAUCUGUACAGAAUGUGGAAUGGGAAGGUAAGUUAGCGAGCAAGGAAAAUGAAUACUUAGAUUCAGAUGAUGACAGUGAACCUGAAGAUGUACUACAUAUUUUAAGCCAAAGUACAUCUCUUGAAAAAAAAGUGAAAGUGUUACCUCCUGAAAAAGCACUCAUAACAACAGAGGACCUAAAUAGUAUCACAGAAAUGCCUCAUGUAAGAUACAUUGUGGAGAAAACUGAAAACAAUCCCAAACCAAAACCAACAGGGCAAUUUAAACCUUUUAAAACUACAAAAUCUGAUGUCCAUAAUCCUGAAAAGGAGAUACAUAGAAAGAGGCAUAAAAACUGGGAGGUGACAUCGGCAACACCACCACCUAUAGUUCACGGUCCUGCAAAAUUAUUAACACUGGAAGAGUCUUUAAAACUACAGAAAGAUCACAACAUACAUUUGAAGGAGAUAGAAGCUCAGAAUGCUGCUGAGAAGUUAUUAGCUCGGGCUGGGAUCAAGAUGUCUGAAUUGCCUGCAGAUACCUCGAAAUUUGGUGGGUAUAGAGAAGCGGAUAGUGAUGACUCAGAAGCAUCUGAUGUAGAAGGCAGUGACAAAGAAGUCCAUGAUGAGGAACCAGAAAGAGGAGGAGUCGUGUUUACAGUUAUGAAAUGAAAAUGUACAAAAAUAUUGUUUAUACCUACCUGAAAAUAAAUUAUGUUCUAUGUUAAAACUAUAUGUAGUUAAUAAAAUCUGAUUUUU